AUGUCCACCACCGGCAGGUCUACGCUGGCUGCUGCAGCAAUGGCCGGCAGCACCAAGAGGAAGCGCUCUGCUAUCGCAUGCGUUGCCUGCCAUCAGCGCAAGGUCCGCUGCAAUCUCGCCGCUCAGGGCCCGCCCUGCACAAACUGCUCGGAGGAUGGCAAUGUAACCUGCCGCGUGUAUGGCAGCCGGGCCCCGUCUGAUGUCCCGCCGCCGCCGCCGCCUCCGAUAUCUCCGGCCAUGCCGUCGCCCUCCAGCUCUUCACAGCAUCUGCCUGGCCGAGGAGACGAGCACUCCAGCCCCGAUCCGGAACCAGAUCCGGGCCCAUCUUCGAAGCGGCAGUAUCGCCCGACCAGUAUUGAGAACUUAUUGUGUACCGCACAUGAUCCAACUUAUGCACAUGGCACCCCGAAUGCUCCUGUUCUCUACUAUAUUGGCGAGUCUGCUGGCAUGGCUUUGCUCUUCGACGUUUGCUAUCCUUCUCGUCCUUUGCCAGGCAACUUUUACAUCAUUCAGCGACAGCGUCGUUACUUUCCCCCGGCACAUAUCACAUCUCCCCUGAUGGCGCGCCCGCUGCCUGAACCGGCGGCUCUUCAUGACAUGAUUUGUUGCUAUUUUCGUUACCUUCACCCGUAUUUACCUGUCAUCGAUGCGGGCCGUUUCAUUUCAGCAUUCGCCAACCAGCCAAGCAACAUCAGCCCCCUCCUGCUGUGGAGCGUCUUAUUUGCUGCCGCUACGUUCGUCAAGCCAGAGCAUUGGCAAGCCACUGAGUUCAGAACCAGAAAGGAAUACCAAGAGGAUAUCUACCGGCAUGCCAAGAGAAAGUUCUAG